AUGGCAAUCGUCAAUACAACUUUUGGUUAUCUUCGGCAAGUUAUAGUAUCAUGUAACAAGCCGAGUGUUAAAAAUAUGUUGAAGAAAGUGGAUUUAUGCACGCAAUUUGUAAGGAAGUAUAAUUCGGUAAACAGUCAUUUUGUUAAUUUUAAGAAUAAUAAACUAAUAAUAUUUGAUAGAAAACAUUUUUCAAAUUAUAAAAAUAAUCAAAUUAAUGAGAAUGAACAGAAUGAAAAUAACAGUGAUGACGAAAAUGACAAAUUGAUUUUGAACGAUAACAGCGAUAGCGACGAUAAUGAUAUAGCAGAACAAAACGAUGGAAGUAUAAAUUAUAAUUGUGAUACAGUGCAUACUAAUAAACCUGACCAUGAAGAAAUAAAUACUUCUAAACCGAUGAGAAUAAAAAGAAGUAAAUAUGACUCUGACGUUGUCAUAAUAUGUGAAGACGAAAUGGAAUUAACUGAAAGAAUGGGAUCUCAAACUUUGAGUGAAGAAGAAAUAGAACAAAUAAAUUCAGGCAUACCGAAUUUGGAAUUAGACCGAUAUUCUAAUAACAUUGUUUAUAACACGAAAAAAAAGUAA